AUGCUUUCACAAAGUCUUCCAACACAGCUCGACCGGCCACAAAUUGCCCUUGAAAGGAAUGGGCUUCUGACGUCGGAUUAUACACAAGCGAAAUGUGAUGGCCAACAGCAGCAUCAUGAUGAGCUGCAGGAGAUUCGCAUUCAGUCAGAGAUCGAAGUCCCUAAGAGUGAGAUUCGAAAUUCGAAAGUUCCAAGGUUCAUCAUUGCCAUUGACUUUGGGACUACCUUCUCCUCUGUGGCAUAUUUACGGAUCGAGCCCGGCGUCCAGAGGCACCUAAUUGAGCCCAGUUCCAUUCAGUGUAUCGAUAACUAUCCCGACGCUCCUCCAUUUCGAUUUAAGCAAGCCACAAGAGUUCCCUCAGAGCUUGUAUAUUGUACACAACCCACGAGCAAUGCUGCAAACGACCAACCGCAGAACUCUCCAAAUCCCAUCUCAGAUGAUGAAUCUGACAACUCCUUGGAAGAGGAUUGGGCCUCCUCAGCCACUGAGGACUCUGAUCCAGACCAAGACCUACCGCCACCUAAGCGAACCAAGUACUCAACCCGGAGCAACUCGGCCUGGGGCUUUGGAUGCCACAACAACUUGAAAUAUGUUCAACCUGGCGCCGCCGCGUCCGGCCCUAGAAUCCUGUCAAGAUUCAAAUUGCUCUUGGACGACGAGCCCAGCACACAGUCUGCCCGUGAGUGGAUAAAGGUGGACGUGCGGGAAUUAAAAGCUAUGGAUGUUAUUCAAGAGCCUUCUGACCUCAUUGCCGAUUACCUCCAGCAUUUGUUCACGCAUGUGAAGACUCAACUGGAAAGUUAUUGCGGAUUUCGCGAGGGAAUCCCCGUGGAAUUUGUGAUUUCGGUACCUACACGAUGGUCUGCUCAAGCUUGUCGCAAGAUGCACGCUGCGACAGCAAGGGCGAUUGAGAGAUCGCGGUUUUCGCAGCUUGAACAGCGAAUAAUCGAAGAUCUGUUCAUUGUUGCGGAAUCUGAAGCAGCCGCUGUUCUUGUCCUCGAUGAAGCUAAGAAGUUUCAAAAGUUCGAAACAGGCCAUACAUUUCUCAUUGUCGACUGCGGAGGAGGUACUGUUGAUGCAACAACCUACACAAUCUCUCAGCAAAACCCAUUGCGCCUAAGAGAGAUGAUGGAGGGGGAAGGUGCCUUAUGUGGAUCGAACUUUCUGAACGAAGAGUUCAAACGCUUGCUCUUGACGCGGCUACAAGGUGCUAGGAUAUUGGGUAACGAGCAAUCACUUGAUACAAUCAUCGAGUCCUUGACCAAUAUAUUUGAAGUUGGGGAUAAGAGAAGAGUUGAUGUUACGAACAAGCGGGAAACUUUCGAACAAAUGUUCAUUCCAGGACUUCAAGCAGACAAAGAAAGACAUUUCCGUCCAAGUUUAAUGUCUUUCAGCAGAAAGGAAAUGCUGCAAGUCUUCAAACCAUGUCUUCGCGGUGUCGCACAACUUAUACGAAAACAACUUCGAGGCGCGGAAGAACGAGGAAUCAACAUUAAGUCAGUCAUCUUGGUUGGCGGGUUUGCGGAUUCCCCGUCACUCCGGAGAUAUCUGCAAAAGAUAUUUCGAUUGGAGCGAAACCUUGAAAGACAAGCUAUCGACAUCCUGUUUCCUGCGGUUGGCGACUCCGCGGUUGCGCGGGGAUCGAUAUUGAGAGCACUAAGGAGAGAAGACGGCCCCAUCAGAAUCACCAGAACUAGUUACGGGAUCCUGCACAGGGUUCUGUGUGACCGCAACAAUCCGAAGUUUGGAUGCGUCCGGGAAGAACGAAGUCAACUUGAAGGGGAGCUACACAUCAUGAACACAAUCUCCUGGCUAAUCUUAAAGGAUGAAAUCGUUCCUCCAAUACAUAGGAUCUGCGUUCGGUCGCACCAUACCUUCAAGCAUUCCACUACAGAGCUCUUGUGUGAAGAACGACUCUAUAUGUCGGCUAAAAGACAUGAAUCAGGGCACGGAUUUCGGCAUCUGGAAAAUCGAGGUGCCGAACUCGGAGGCAGAAUCAUUUCCGACCUGACAUUUUUGAAGAACCAAAAUCUGAUUCAGCCAGUCGCCCGAACCAGCAUAGGGGGAGAACCAUCGUUGUUCUAUGAAGUUGAAUAUGACUUAUGGCUGAUAAUCGAAGGUCGGCAUAUGCGCUUCGAGGCUCGCUCCCCGCUGGAUCCAGAACAAGUCGUCGUAUCCGCUUCAUUUUCAAUAGCUGCCGAUUUUGUUCCUGGUACGGAGUGA